UACAUUUUAUGACAAGCGCAUCUUUGUGAACAGCCAGUAUUAAGCCCGCUUUUAUGCACGCGUUUUUUGUCGCCUGUCGCGUGGCGACAAAAAACGCGGCGUUUAUAGAUGAAACAAAAUGGAACUUUUGUCUAACGUUGUUUGUGGCGUGUCGCUUUCAGAUAGAUCAGUGGCCAUCGUAUCGUCUAAACAAGGAAGUGUGGUGCAUUGAUAAAUAAUGGAUCCGUGUGUUGUAUACUUGGCAUACAAAUAUAUAAUCAAAAAGAGACGCAAGAGACGUUGGAGCGUUCACAUAAUAAACAGUGCAAGAAAUCUCAGAGGCACAUAUUAUACACUACACAAAGAACUAAGACGAGACAAUGACAAAUUCUUUAAUUAUUACCGUUUGUCGAUAGCUUCCUUUGAUGAGCUAUGUGAAAAGUUAAAAAACACUUUCAAUAAAGAUAGGGAGCUGAUUCAAGGAUUUGCAUUCGAAGCAGAAGAAAUGUUAUCAAUGACGUUGAGGUAUUUAGGUUCAGGAUGUACCUAUACAGAGCUGCACUACAGCUACAGAUUAGGGGUCACAACGGCAAGUCUUCUAAUUCCAAGAGUUUGCGUUGCCCUAUGGCGUACAUUACAGGAAGAGUGCUUUCCUGUACCUACUGAACAACGUUGGCGCCAAAUUGCCCAAGAUUUUGCAGAACGUACCAAUUUUCCUAACUGCAUUGGCUCUAUUGAUGGUAAACAUUGCAGGAUAAUCGCGCCUGCACAUAGCGGAUCACUGAAUUAUAAUUACAAGAACUUUUUUUCCAUUGUUCUAUUAGCUAUUGCCGACAGCAACUGUUGUUUUAUAUACAUCGAUGUCGGGUCCUAUGGUAAGGAAUCGGACUCCAUGGUGUUUAGACAAUGCUCCUUGUUUAGAAAAUUGGAAGAAGAUACCUUACAUAUCCCAAAACCUGAGAAAGUAGCAGAAACAACACUGCCAUAUGUACUCGUUGGGGAUGAGGCACUGAAGACGUGUGCUACAAUGGAACAUCUGGAUGUCGAACUAUUCAUCGACGCAAUAGAAAAACGACCAUCUUUGUGGGAUUCAUCGUCAGGAGACUACAAAAACAGACAGCUUAAAAGAGACGAUUGGAAGGAAGUGUGCGAAAUUGUUAUCCAAAAAUUUGGGGAAAAAGAUGAAAAAGAAAGGCAGGAAAUUGGUAGAGAAGUUCAACUUAAAUGGAAAAGUCUGAGGGAUGCUUAUGUUCGUACCAUUCGACAGUCUAAGGGAAAAAAAUCAGGAGCGUCUGCUAAAGCUGUAAAAACGUACAUCUAUGCUAAACAAUUAGGAUUUUUACGAAAGGUGACUGGUUUCCGUCAGACAGAGAGCUCACUACCAAGUACAUCAAGAGAGGGCCAAGAAGAUAUGGAUGUUUCAAAGGACAUAAAUGACAUGCAAAGUACUUCAUCAGAUGUCCAACAUACUCAGUUCGACAGCCAAAUGGAAACUGGACGAACUCCUAGUAGAAGUACUCUCUAUAGAAGAAAGAAAUCAGAUUUAGAAAGUAAACUUGCAAGCUAUAUUGAUUCCCAUAACAGACAGCCAGCAUUAGCUAUACAAAGUCAACCACAAGAAACUGAUGACAUGGCCUUUUUUAGAUCAUUACAAGCAAGUUUAGAUACGCUCACUCCGAAUGAGAAAUUGAAUUUUCGAAUAGAGGUCAUGCAAUUAUUAAGCCGAUAUACUAACAAACAACCAAAUCAGUAUAUACACAAUUUUCCAAAUCAUAUACCCCAUUACCAACCACAGCAAUAUCCAGUAAUGACCAACAUCUCUAAUAUACGUUUUAAUACGCCAGCACCUCCAUUCGCAUCAUAUUCUACAGUAUCAUCUGAGAUCACACCUCAUUUGCCUCAUCCUAAUACUGAUACUACUGAAUCACUUGCUGUGACGUCACCACAAACGCCAUUUUCUCCGACGGAAUCGGAAAAUUCAAUAAUUUCACAAGCCGAAUCACUAAUAUCACUGUUAUCAAAUCAAUAA